AGACAGUCCCCAAGAUUUUCUAGCUGAAAAAAGACUGGGAAUGAGUUAAAAGCACUUUUCCGCGACUGUCCCAUUUUGCCCGGCUCUCCUCUAUCCGAUAGAUUAUCUGUAAUGUAUUUUAAUUGAUUUAAGUUCUAACAGGAAUGAGGAAAAUGGAAAAAUGUGGGUGUUCGAAGGAUUCGUCAUUGAUACCUCUGAUGCUGUCGAUCGAUUACUCUGAAAUACAGGAAAAACUUGUUUUCCGCAUUAAUACUGGUUAUAUGAAGAAAUGAAUUUGUCUCUCAUCUCUCACAGUAGAUUAAUCUUUCUGGGCGAAACCAUUAAUAUGAUCUCCAUCAUCACCAGAUCAAGAAUUAGUUAAUCUGUAAUUAUUCACAAGUCAGUGAGAUUUCAAUGCAAAAUAAAAAUGACAGCGAAAUUCUUCAUAAUUUUCAUCAUUUCUUUGAAUAUAUUUUCAAGUGAAGUGUUGGGAAAAAAUGGCACUAAACCACACAUAGUAAUUAUCGUUGCUGAUGAUCUGGGAUGGAAUGACGUGGGUUUCCAUGGAUCUAAUCAGAUUCCCACACCAAAUAUCGAUGCACUUGCUUACAAUGGUGUAAUUCUAAAUAAUCAUUACACUGGGGCUGUAUGUACUCCAAGCAGAGCAGCAUUGAUGACUGGAAAAUAUCCAAUUAAUCUUGGAAUGCAGCACCUAGCUCUGGAAGCCACCGAACCAAGAGGUCUUCCUCUAUCUGAAAAAUUACUGCCUCAGUACCUGAAGGAAGGGGGAUACGCUACUCACAUUGUUGGCAAGUGGCACUUGGGUUUUUUCAAAAAAGAAUACACUCCAACGUUUCGAGGUUUUGACUCCCAUUUUGGAUACUGGAGUGGACAUCAGGAUUAUUAUAAUCAUGAGUUUGAAUCAUCUGACGAAUAUCGUGGUUACGAUAUGAGAAGAAACAUGUCGGUGUCAUUUGAAAAUAAAAAUCGUUACUCAACAGAUCUUUACACAGAAGAAACUGUUCGAUUAAUCGAUACCCACGAUAAAGACACACCAAUGUUUAUAUAUCUUGCACAUGCAGCCGUGCACAGUGGAAAUGCAGAGAAUCUCCUGCAAGCACCAGACGAAGAAGUUGCCAAAUUCUCCUACAUAAGUGAUCCUGAACGAAGAAAAUAUGCUGCAAUGGUUUCGAAACUGGAUGAAAGUGUGGGAGAGGUUGUAGCAGCUCUACGUCGAAAUGAAAUGCUGCAGGACAGCAUAAUUUUAUUUGUUGCUGACAAUGGAGCCCCGACUUUCGGUGCUCAUCACAAUGCUGGGAGUAAUUACCCCCUACGAGGCAUGAAAACAACUGCUUGGGAAGGGGCAGUUCGUUGUGUUGCGGCUGUCUGGAGUCCACUCAUAAAACAAUCCCAAAAAGUCAGUAAUCAACUCUUCCACAUGUCUGACUGGCUGCCCACGCUGGUAUCCGCUGCUGGAAUCAAUGCCACACUCUCAGCCCUCGAUGGAUUCAACAUGUGGCCAACAAUAGUUGACAGCGAGGAAACACCUCGCAACGAAGUAUUAAUAAAUAUCGACGAGAUCUCCAAUUACUCAGCAAUAAGACGUGGCGAUUUCAAAUAUCUCGUUGGAUAUCCAGGAGCUGUCACCGGUUGGUACGGUAAUUUAACCGCAUCAGAGGAUGCUGAACUGAAUUACAAAUUGGAGGAUGUCCUGAGGUCUAAAACUGGAGCUGCUAUAAUUGGGAUGUCAACCGACAUGCUACUCGCUGAUUCUGACAGCAAUGUCAAGAUCUUGACGUCUCAACAAAUUGAUGAUCUGAGAUCCCAAGCAACUCUUCAUUGUGAUACCACAAGGAGAGAAAAGGUCGCUUGUGAGCCACUGGCAGCCCCUUGUCUCUUCAAUCUCCAGGAGGAUCCCUGCGAGAUGACAAAUAUCAUAAACAUGCACCCCGAAAUCGCGGAGAUCCUAGAGAAAUCCCUCGCAAUGCACCGGAGUACUGCACUUCCAGCUGGGAACAUACCCGGGGACAUCAAUGGAGAUCCAGUCAAAUGGCACGGCCUCUGGGUCAAUUGGAAAGACCCGAACCCUGCAGUAAAGGCUUUCGUCCCUCCCAAAGCUGACGCAGACUGCAGUUCCUCAAAUCCAGUUGUCAUUGUGAUUUUAGCGUGUCUACUCAUCGUCGCUGUAGCUAUUAUAAUUAUUAUAAUGAUCAAAACUCGUAGGAGAAGUUCAAAGAACAGAAAUUAUCGUGUUGAUAUGGCAAAUGGGGAUGAAUUCAAGAGUGCUCGCUUGUGAGUGGAACCUUAGAUUUAUAAAAUGAUGAAAAAUUUUUUUUUCAUGGUUUUCAUUGGCCUUGAAUUUAUCUCGCCCAAGAAAAUCAUCCCAGCAAUUUUAAAUAAUUAUUGAUAAAAGACUAAAAGUUGAAGAGAAUGAAGAGAUUGUUAUUUUUGUAAAAUGUAGAGGAUUUUAUUUAGUUUUGAUAACGGAUACGGUAGCAAUAUGGCGAUAGUAUAUAUCGCGCUUGAUACAUGGGGAUGUAUAUCCAAAAAGUCUCUUGGAUAAAUGCUCUGGGGGAUUAAUUGAAAAAUUUAAUUCUCAUAUAAUGUAACUCCAAACAACUCAGUCAUCAUCAAUUCAAUUAAUUCAAUUCAAGAUAAUUAUAGAUAAAGACUAAUAAUUAAAGGAAAGAGAAAGAAAAUGGCAGAAAGAAAACAGAAAUUUCUUUGAAAUAGCCAACGUUUUCCACAAGGUGUUCCUCCUCGGGGUAUCAUUUAUUCUGAUUAAUAAACCCAUUGAAUUAUUCGAUGAUUAUGACAAGAAGCAUUUCUCCAGAGAAUUAAUGAUAAAGAAAAGAUAAGAGUACAGAAAAAAUAAAUCUAAAUAUGCAAACAGAUUUAUCAGUCAAAAAUGUGAAAUCACUUGACGCAAAAAGUCAUAGUCUUGAUAACUAUGCAUGUUGAUAUAGUGCCGUAUUCCUCAGAGGCAAUAGUAAUUAGAAUGACCAUUACUGGCCGACAUAUUUGGAGCUACCGUAUAUAAGGUGUUUCGUUAGCUGAAGGCCUGAGGGCAUAGUACAUUACGCAACUAGUGCGGAAAGCAGGUUACUCACGAGGGACCGCCUGCUGUCCGCCCGUGUUGCGUAUAUUUUACAUGAUAAGUGCGUCUUCGCGGGAGGCUGCGGAGGGGGGUGUGGGGGGCGAAGCCCCCCCCCC